AUGGGGGAGGACUUGAGUUUGUAUAGGUCCGAUCGAGCUACUGUGGUUGCGGAUCUGCUUCUUGCUCCAGGUGUGUGGGACACUACUCUUUUAUCUCAUUUAUUCCCUACACAUAUUGUUCAGAAGAUACAGGCACUCCCACUUAGCCCUCAGAACCAUGCAGACAGAUGGAUUUGGGAUGCUGACAGAAAAGGCAGAUUUACAGUGAAGUCUGCUUAUCAUAUUGCUAGGUGCAGGAUUCUUGAAGAGGAGCCUUCUAAUCCUAACCCUAGUGCAGUUCUUUGGAAACAAUUAUGGAAUGCCCCCGUGCCAGGUAAUGUGAAGGUAGCUCAUAUUCCUAAUCUCCCAGGUGCCUCUUGUGUUGCGGAUUGGUUGGUAUCCAUUUACUCACAGGCCCCUGCAGUUUUUGCUCCUUCAUUGAUGACCAUCUGGGCUACUUGGCGUAACAGAAAUUCCCGGAUUUGGGAUGAGGAGUGCAAGUUGGCUAUUGAUAUUGUGCCAAUAACAUUGGGUUGGUGGGAGGAUUAUAAGGCUGCUCGCACUCCCUCACCUUCUGUUCAUAGAUCAGGGUCUUUAACCCAAUGGAAAAAGCCUCCUAUUGGUUUUAUUAAAUUGAACGUUGAUGCUGCCUUUUGUUUGGAUUCGGGUAUCACAGGAUUGGGAGGUGUUUUCAGGGACCAUGAAGGAGUUGUGUUGGGGGGCUUUUGA